GUGCCGGCGUGCGAGUACGGACGUCGCCGUCGUCGACGACGUCGCCGAUCACCGUGCCAUACGUCGCGGGCCGCAACAGCCGACUCAGUUGCGCGACGGAAAUAGAGGCUCGCGCGUCCCGUGCAGCGUCGCGACGCCGUCCCAGAGCCACUGAUUUUCGGACGGUGACCGUUUGUGCGUGUCUCUGUGCGACUGGUUUUUUUAGUAUGAGGCCACGGUUUCGAUACUGAGUCGAGGUGAACACACAAACACGAGACAAGACAAUUUAGUGCGACUAAAUAAAAUUAAUGCGGGUAAAUCGGUGUGUAUUGUAGAGUGUGCGGGCCGCAUCACGCCCCAUCCGAAAUGUGGGAACGAAUCGGAGCAUGUAUGUCAUAUUUCCGGCCGAUGAAGUAGUCUGUCUGUCUUACGGUCGCAUUCUGUACGUUCCCCCCACGUCCCCGUCGGAAGCCACUGCCCCAUUACCGCCCCCCGUACGCCAGAACGCAGCCCCCGCGUCGCCCAGUCUACCCUCGACAGCAUCCAGUUCGACCAAGAGCAGGAAAUCGACCAGGAGCGAACCAGGCGUAGUCACCGGACGGUUGGACAUCAAAAGCGAUUCCUGCAAGUCCCUGAACCCGGACACCGCCAACCCGGCGCCCAAAAGGCCCGAAAGGAAGAAGAGAUCGUUCAAGUUCCCCAGCUUGUCCAAGCCCAAAACACCAGUUCCGGAAAGGAAACUGUCGUUUUCCGAUUUCCUGCCGCAGAACCGGGAAAUCAUCUAUUCGACUUUGCCGAAUCAAAGUCCCAGGUCCGGCGGUACGAACGGACCGAAAGAUCCGAGUUUGACGGCAACGUCCAAGAGUUUGGAACAGGUCAACUCGCCGUUCAACCGGCGGUCUUCGAGGAAGGAGAACUCGCCGUCGAAAGCGCCCAAAACCCCCGAGCCGAACAACUCCUUGUCCCCGCGUCGCCAGUUAAAAAAAGAAAGCUCACCCGCUAAAUCGCAGACCAAAGAAGACACCAAACACCUCAGACCGUCGACGUCGAAGGACGUAGCGGUUAACGGUGCCAAGCCCGCAGACAAACACGAAACUAGGGAAAAGUCGCCGGGUUUUCGGUUUUUUCGCGACAAGGCCAACAGCACCGGAAGCAAGGACAGGCGUCCGGUCGAUUUCGAUUCGUUGUUCAAUCGCGAGGUCAGUGUCGGAAAACUGUCGUCCGGUUCUUAUCACAGCGUGAAGGAGGACAGUAGGAGCAGGCAGCAACAACCACCAGAAAAGCCGUCACCAGCAAAGAGAAGGAGUGCGUUCGGAAGGCAAGUAAAAAAAACGCCGCCAGAUCGUCCCACUGAUCCAGCCGGUAGAAAGAUGACGUCCGACUCGGUGCUCAAGGACCUGCUCCAUCCCAGCUACAAUGAACACCUGAAGCUGCACAAUGGUGUCGCCUUCAAGCUGGUGCGAACAGUGUCGGACUUCACGCAGCAGCUGGGCCAGAUGUACGAGCAGCACGCGGAAGAGCUCCAAUUGUUGGUGGCGAACUUUCGCAAAAGAAACUCCGAACUCCGCAAGGAAAGGCCGGCUUGUCCAAGUUCGUUGUUCCACACCUGGGAAACGUUGCUGCAGGAGGUCGAGAUCGAUGCCCAGGCCCUGGGUGACAUAGCUUCGAUAUUGGGCAGGCAAGUGUCCAGGCCGUUGUUAGAAAGGUCCUUCCACAGGAAAAUCCAGUCCAGGAAAGUGUUCACGCACCGGGAGAGUUACGAGACUAUCAUAUCCAAAACUGAGGAGAAGCUUGCCAAGUGUCGACAGGAGUAUAAGAAUGCUUAUCUGUCGUAUUUGGCGAACCCAACGUCGGACAGUUUGAGUGUGUACUUCAACACACACAAUGCCUACGUCCAACAGCUGCACGCCACCAACGGAAUGAUGGAGGAGUACACAAAAGACACUUUACCAUCUUUGCUUAAGGAACUGGAGGAGAUAUACACGGAUCUCUGUGGCACCGUUUCCGAGGCAGUUCUUCAAGGUUCCGAAGUUGUUGCAAGCAGAGCGAUGGAACAGUGCAAGAGGUACGAGGGACUGGUGUCGCAGUGCAAGAUGGUCUCCGGACCGGCCGAUCUGUCUCAUCUGUCGAAAUCCUUCCCGGCGCCCACAGGACGCGGCCCCGUCACCAAGAGGAUCUUCGUGCCGCCGCAGCCGCCCCCGCCGCCCGAUCCCGUAGACGGCGAGCCCCCCGAACCGCAGAACGACAACAUACCGCCACCACUGAAAGAUGAAUUGGUGAUAGAUCGUUUGUCAGCGGUUCAAGUGAAACCCUCGCACGACGCCCUGAAAAAAGAGGCAAUGGAUUUGGAGUCGGAGAUAAGACAAAUCCAGGACGCCCUGGACACCCUCCUGCGUAUCCAGCAGCGAUCCGUCGAGGCGAAUCUCUACAACAAGGCCAACGAACUUCAGGAGGACAUAUCGAUGAAGAGAUUCGAUUUGCGCGUGGCGCAAAUGCACCUGAGCGCUAUUAAUUCGCAGGUCUCACUCUUUUUGCCACUCAUGAACAAUUACAAACUGGUUAAAGAACCAGAACCGCCGAAGAUUAAGAAAGAACUUUUUAGCAGCAAACUCGAGGGUGAAUUAGGCCGCGAACGUAAAAUGUCGUCCGCGUCCACGGGCAGCAUGAAAAACAAGUGGCUGAAAGCUUUCAAAAGCUUAAAAACACCACCACCCGAAACUGAGAAAAAAAACCAAAUGUACCAUGCAGUUUCCACGAUAAUUGCGAUGAGGAAAAAUGGCUCGGCAGCAACGAGAGAACUUCUAAAAGGCGAUCCGGACGCUCAUAACUUCCAGGAGUAUACGUACAAGAAAAUUACACCAUGUGACAUUUGCUCACAAGUUUUAAGAGGUCACACGAGACAAGGAUUGAAAUGCAGGAUAUGCAAGAUGAACGUGCACGUCGACUGUCAGGACAAAGCCUCGAAAUGCCAGACCAAAGCGCGACUCCUCAGGAGACAAAAAUCGACGUCAGAAAUUGAGACGCGGGUCCCGGAACCCGCCGUCGAGGAAGAAAGGAUCUCUGAAGUUUAUUCAAUGCCGACGAUAAAUAGGCGACUGUCAAUUAGGGACAAUAAUAGGCUGCGUCCCCACGGUUCCGCAAACUCCGUCUUAGAAGGCAACGAGGUGGUGGACCAGAUCUACCAGGUGCUGAAGCAGGCCACGGAAAUAUCGAACAGCCGGCCGAGAGUCAACGUGGAGACGGUGGCCGCCUCGUCGGGCGGCAGUUCCGGCAGCUCGGGCCAAAGUCUGAACCGGAAAGCGGUGGCGGCCCCGUGCAGGGCAACCGGUUCCACGCUGGCGGUCGUCAAUCCCGCCCCCUGUUCCACCAGCUCAGGAACAAGCAUGAAGUCUUCUGCCAGCGCUGUGACGUUCGGUCAGUUACUUGGGACCAAGUCUCAAUUUGCUCCCCACUCGCCGAGACGCCAGAAACUCAACCUGCGAAUGAAAAGUUUGAGCCUGGACUCGCCGGAGAGUACGGAACACGUGCAGAGAAGGAGGCACCACGGAGCCAACACCGCCAGCGAUCCGCAUUCCACUCAGAGCUCUUCUUCUCGGAUACAAUCCCCUUCCAGUCCAGUUCACAACAGGAGGUUGUUGUCGGCCAAAAACAUAAGGAUGUCUUCUGUUGAGCUUCCGGACGACAAUGAGAAAAGCCCAUCUUCUGCCAGUACUUCUCCUUGUCCAAGUCCAGUUGGAGGAAAAAAGUCGCACAGGUUGCUUCCGACAAAUUUGUACGUCGUGCUGUACAACUUCAAGUCCAGACAUCAGGACGAGUUGGAUUUGAAGGCCGGCUACAAAGUAACAGUCAUCGAUACAUCCGAUCCGGAUUGGUGGAAGGGUAAAUGCCUCGGAAGAGUCGGAUUUUUCCCGUCGAAAUACGUUUCUAAACUGUCAUCUGGAGAGAAACCGUUGCAAGUGACCCACAACCUUCAGGUGUCUGACGGCGACAACGGUCUAAUGUUGCUGCGCGACCAAAUCGUUAUCCAGAUUGGCGAAGAGCUCGACGGCAUGGUCAUGAUCCGUUCCGGGGACAACCGCCAGGGCGUCUGUCCCGUCAAGUUCCUUCAAGAGGUGUGACACCACAUCGAA